UCUAUCAGCGGUUUCUGAACAACCCGAACUCGAGGUGCUAAUCCUUUUUCUCGUUUCGCCCCGUCCCUAAUCUCGAUCGCCGCCAUGGAAGAUUCGAAGGCGAGCGGCGGCGGGGGCGGCGCCGAUAAGCCCAGCGCAGAGCCAAACCCUAACCCGAACCCGCCCCUGGCAGCGGCGGCGGCGGCGGCUGUCGAGGCCGGGGACGACGGCGGCGCCGCGGCCGCGGCCGCGGCUGAGGCGGCGCGGCGGCCGUUCACGGCCCUCAGCCAGGAGGAGGCCGACCUCGCCCUCGCCCGCGUCCUGCAGGAGCAGGAGCGGGCGUACAUGUUGCUUCGGAUGAACGGGGGCGGUGGCGAGGGCAGCGACUACGGGAGCUCGGAGCCCGGGAGCUACGAGUACGACGAGGAGGGCGAGGAGGACUACGAGGAGGAGCUGGAGCACCACCUCCGCGUCCACCACCACGAGCACCCGGUGGGCGAUGGUGAAGGCGAGGGCGAGGGUGCCGUGGGCCCUGAGGGGAGCGACUACGAGGAGGAGUUCGAAGAGGAUGAGGAAGUGGAGCCAGAGGUAGAUCCUGCCGAGUUUGAGGACGAUGAGGCUUAUGCGCGUGCGCUGCAGGAUGCUGAGGAGCGUGAGGUUGCUGCCCGGCUCAUGGCUCUCGCUGGCCUCAGCGAUUGGCGAGCAGUGGAUGUGGAUCAUGAGGAGGAGCAUGCGAAUGAUCCACAGGAGGCAUGGCAGGAGGUUGAUCCAGAUGAGUACUCUUAUGAGGAAUUAGUUGCAUUGGGCGAAGUAGUUGGUACAGAAAGCAGAGGUCUCUCUGCUGAUACACUUGCUUCUUUGCCUUCAGUAACUUACAAGACACAAGAUGUUCAGGAUGGCAAUACAGAGCAAUGUGUAAUUUGCCGUGUGGAAUUCGAGGAAGGUGAAUCUUUGAUUGCACUUCCCUGCAAGCACUCAUACCAUCCUGAAUGCAUAAACCAGUGGCUACAAAUAAACAAGCUAUGUCCUAUGUGUAGCGCAGAAGUUUCAACCCCGGGCAACAAGGAAGCAUGAGGGACUCUUAUGGCUAUUGUCGGCACUUGAUGGGAAUAACUAGCGGCAUCACUGUAGCAUAUGUAUUGUUGAAACGAAAGCAGCAAAAAAGUUUUACAAACAUGCAAGGAGAUCAGAAAAUAAUCCUCUUAUCAUUCUCAAGUCCUCUUCUUGCUCUGCUCACUGGACUUUCUUUGCCUUGCUGCUAUGCUCUAUAUUCAGACGCCUUAUGGCUGUUGUAUGAUCCAUAAAAUGCGCCAAUUAUAUUAUAUUAUUACUCAUUCUUUUA